AUGGUUCGCAAUCUAGUUGUUAUUGGGGGUAAUUCCCACCCACAGUUGACCGAGACCAUCUGUGGCGUACUAGGGAUUCCUCCGGCUGAUGUGCUGUUGUCUAAAUUUGCUGUCGGCGAGACGCGGGUGGAGAUCCAAGAGUCUGUUCGUGGGAAAGACGUUUACAUCAUCCAGUCCGGUGGUGGAAAAGUCAACGACCACCUUAUGGAGCUCCUCAUUACGAUCUCCGCCUGCAAAACAGCCUCGGCCCGUCGAGUAACUGCCGUUCUGCCUCUGUUCCCAUACUCCCGUCAAAGCGACAUUCCCUACGACAAGGCAGGAGCUCCCCUUGUCAAGUCGUCUGUGGUGAACAAGCCCAGCAAUGGUUACACUUUUGAGAGCACUCCCCCGACUCCCGGACCUGGGAAACCCAAGGGUCUCGGGUUGAUGAAUGGCAUCGACAACCUCCAAAAGAGCCUUGCCAGAGCACAAAUCGAGGAGAGCAACGGCAGCCCCGUCAAGCGCCGUCCUGGUGCUUCCAGUGAACUCGCUCGAAGUGAUACUACCGACUCUCUGAAGUCCUUGGGCAAUAGUGCGAUCCCCGAGGACUCGGCUAGUGUCACUUCAACCGUCUCAAAGAUCAACGGCUUCCAGCCGCGUCCUGGCUACAAGCAGUGGGUUGCGCAGGCAGGUACCCUGGUCGCUGACCUGCUGACUUGCGCCGGGGCGGAUCACAUCAUCACUAUGGAUCUGCACGACCCUCAAUACCAGGGAUACUUUGAUAUCCCUGUGGACAACCUCUAUGGACGUCCUUUGCUGAAGAGCUAUAUUCAGCGUAACAUCCCCAACUACAAGCAGUCUGUUAUUGUCAGUCCUGAUGCUGGUGGUGCCAAGCGUGCUACAGCUAUUGCUGAUCAAAUGGGUAUUGAAUUUGCUUUGAUCCACAAGGAGCGCCGCCCCACAAAGAUCACAGACCGCCAGAAUGCCACCAUGAUGUUGGUUGGCGAUGUCCGUGACCGGAUAGCUAUUCUGAUCGAUGACUUGGCGGAUACUUCCAACACUAUCACUCGUGCAGCCAAGUUGUUGAAGAAGGAGGGUGCAUCCCAGGUCUAUGCUUUGGUCACCCACGGUAUUCUGAGCGGUGACGCUAUUGAGCGCAUCAAUGCCAGCGCCCUUGAUAAGGUGGUGGUAACCAACAGCGUUGUUCAAUCCGAGCACCUGCGCCGAUGCCCGAAGCUAGAGGUCCUAGAGGUUGGCCACGUUUUUGCCGAAGCUAUCCGUCGUGUUCACCACGGUGAAAGUAUCAGCGUUCUCUUCCAGUAUGACUGA